AUGGUACAAUUAGAUGGAGGCUCGACCUUAAUCAUACAGCCUACGCCAACGACAAUCACAAAAUCCUCCUUUUUACGUCAGAGUAAAAGCACAGCAAAUAAAAGUUAUAAAAAGAGGUCAACAUCAAAUAAAAGUGCCUCAGCCUCCGAUGCUACAACGAAGAGAGGAAAACUGUUCUCUUUAUUAUUCUGCUUUACUUUUAAAAAGAAAAAAGAUAGAAGUCCCUCUAGUACCCUUAGUGAGAAAGAGAAACCAAGAAGAACGUCUUCGUCAACGUCCGCUACAGUUGACUCCAUUGUUAACGAACAAUUACUUCAUCAUCAACGAAAGCAACAUACCAAUGAGAAGCAACAACAGCAACAAACAACUUUUGAAGUGGCAAAAGAAACGAUACCAUUACCACCUACUCUGAUAGAGAAAGAGAGAAUAGGAGACGAAGAAUUCAAUAAAAGAACACUGAAAGAAGAGGAAGUUGACAUUUCAUUGCCUCAACAGAUAAAUAUCGAAAAUGAAAAGACGGCCCAACAAGAGUUAGUUGAAGUGGACCAACAAGUGCCAGUCGUACUGACACAUAUUGAGCAAGAAGUUGAGCAAGAAGAAGAUGCUACUAUUGACGAAUUUGAUUCACAUGUGAAUCAUUUACUAGAACCUCUAGGGAAAGAGCACCAAGGUAGAAAAUGUCUCGUUUUGGAUCUCGAUGAAACUUUAAUUCAUAGUUCUUUUAAGACUGUCGCUGAAGCAGACUUUAUUGUGCCAGUUGAAAUUGACGGAAAUUAUCAUAAUGUAUUUGUAUUGAAAAGACCAGGUGUUGAUGCCUUCAUGAAAAGGAUGGGUGAACUUUAUGAAAUCGUUAUAUUCACAGCGAGUUUGUCCAAGUACGCAGAUCCUGUGUUAGAUCAGUUUGACUUACAUAAAGUGAUUCACCAUCGCCUUUUUAGAGAAGCCUGUCAUCCAUAUAAUGGCAGUUAUAUCAAGGACCUUUCUCGUUUAGGUCGAGAUUUGAGGCAUGUGAUUAUUUUGGAUAAUACACCAGCCAGCUAUAGCUUCCACCCAUGCAAUGCUGUUCCUGUUUCGACUUGGUUUAACGAUCAGCAUGACUCUGAGUUAAUAGAUUUGAUUCCCUUUUUAGAAGAUUUAUCAAAAGUGGACAAUGUAGUUGAAGUGCUGAAUAUAUCCCUAUUAGAUGAUUACAACAUGCAUGAAGACGUGUAUUAA